GAAAAUGAGCCGUUCGGGUCCAGUUUAGGAGGAUUGUGGAGUUCUGGGAACCGUUUGGACCCAGAAGCUGUUCAAAUGAGGGAAGUUCCGAAAAGUCCACUUUUCAGAAGCAGGAUGUCGUGGAAGCCCAGCCCGCGGUUCGAGGUCUCUGAGUGGCGCAGAAACAACCAGCAGCUGUUCGACGCGGCUCAGCAAGAGCGGCACCUUUCCCAGGAGGUCCGACAGGAAGGCCAGACGCUCCGCAACGAGACCCACUUCAAGACUGUGUUGGAUGAGAGAGACACAUCCGGCCGGCUCAGCGAUCGGAUCUGGGAUGUGGCCCGCUGGAGGGACGCCUUGGAACGCUGCGCUCAGAGGGUGGAUGAGGAGAUGGAGGCUCUGACUCUGUCCAAAGAGCAGAGCGAGCUGGCCCUGGCCGCCACCGCCGUCCCUCUGGAGGUCAGCCAUGAAUGCCUGACGCUGAGGGAGGGGCGGCGGGGCCACGACCUGGUCAGGGACCCCGUGGAGGAGCAGCUGCAGAAGGAGGUGGAGCUGAUUGAGGAGGUGCAGCAGCGUCUGCAGAAGAACAUCGAUGGAGCCUUUGAGCAGCUGUGCGUUCUGCAGGAGGUUCGACAAAAGCUGACCUCUGACCUCCAGAACAAGAUGGAAGCGCUGAACAUCGACAUGUCCUGCCUGUCCCUCACCGUAAAGUCACCUGACAUCUCGCUGAAGACCAACCCGACCCGGAUACCUUCAGGCUCCUCCAACCCGCAGGAGUGGCUCCAGUUCAGCCAGUAUAACGUGGCUCGUGCCAAUGAGGCCCUGAGCGUGUCCCAGCAAACGAGAGUGGACAUGAGGCUGAGUAGAGCCCAGCUCCGUAACGAGCUGGAUGUCCAGCGCAGAGCCACAGAGUUUGCUCUCCGUAAACGAAUCCACCAGGAAGAGCAGGCCCAAGAUGAGCUGCAGUGGCAGAUUAAGAAGACUCAGGAGGAAAUGGCAGAGAUGGAGAACGACAUUCGUGGGCUGGAUGCAGACCUGCAGGCCAAGACGGCCUCCUUGAAGCUGGCUCACACCCGGCUGGAGACCAGGACCCAAAGGUCCAGCGUGGACUUGUGCCGCGACCAGGUGCAGCACAGCCUUUUAGCUGAGGUUCAGCAGCUGGAGGCCACCAUCCAGGCUCUGAAGCAGAAGCUCUCAGAAGCUCAACAUUCUCUGCAGAAGCUGAAGCUCCAUCACACACGGAUGCAGUUCGAUCUUUCCAGGAAACAGGAAGCCCUGUCUCUGGAGAACCGCAGCAUGAACACCAGAACCCGCAUCACAUCCUCCUCCGGUACCGAAGAGGCUGCGGUGCCGAUGGUUCCGCUUAUGAAUUCAAGCGGCAGGAGCGACCUCGAGCUGCUGGCCAAUUCCCAGCAACUCACGUACUAA